AUGAGAGGUUCCCGCACUGUAAUCAUGAGAAUACCUACCUCGAGAGCAUUCAUCAAGCUACAGUUGAAUUUUAACGCUGGGUUGUGAAUGUAAAUACAAUACCAUAUUACGUACAUCUUGGAGUACAGUAGCUCGCUGCAAUGAUGGCCACUCAAGAACCAAGACCUGACUCGUUUCCCGCGCCAUCGAGAAGCGCAACAGGGAACGUGAAUGGGGUUCCCACAGAGGCUACAUCGAUGAACUUCUCGGACAAGAUUAUGGUCACUCUAUCACAGGAUGGACGAUUAGCACAAUGGUUUCAAGUUCAGCUGUCCGCGCCGUCGUCAGCGAUGGUGGACAUGGCCCUGCCCAGGUCAAACAUCGGUUCUCUGCCACCAGCCCACCUCACUGCCACCACCCUUCUUGGUGCCGGAGGCGACGAGCGCGAGACCAUUGGCCAACUUUACGCUGCGCAAAUAGCUAGCUUCCUGUCCACAAGAAACCCAGACGAGAAGCGCACUCUGGUUCUUGGUCUGGGUAUGCGUAAAGCAGAGACUGCAAACGCAAGGGAGGCUUUCUUUGAUGUCCUGGAGCUGGUUCAACAAGUACUGUAGGACGAGACCUACGGCGAUCUCAUAGUUUCUGGCCACUACGGGCAUAAAUUAUGUUACAAGUUCCGGCACGGCACUGAUUCAAAUGUUAAAAAGCCAUGACGACAAAAAGGCUUCAAUUCAUCGGGGGAUAGGUAGGUAGUUUUCAAAAAUAACACGCGCGGAAACCAUGCAGAAUAAAACAGGAUCGGGUGGGCUGCAAGGCUAUACCAUUUGCCCCUUCUUGCUACAGAACACUCGUGCCUCACCAA